AGACAAGUCUCAACGAGUGUUUAAAUAGUACUUGUGCAAGCGAAUGCACACAUUUCUAACCAUUUCACGGGCGUGCAGUGCUCCAAUGCUGGUAUGGCCCAACGUGAUUGGUAAUCAGCAAUCUAAUAAAAAACAAAACGACCCCCUGUACGACUGGUACCAUGUCUGAAAUCGUUACAUUAAUUUCAUCUGACAACAAAAAAUUUGAAGUCCCAGAGUACAUCGCAAAUGAAAGCAAAACACUGCGCAUUUUCUUUGACAGGAGCAGACCGUUCGUUGAGGCGAUAGAACGCAAAGUGUUGCUGCCCAUAAAGUCUAAACUGCUGAUGAGAGCUAUUGAAUACCUGGAGUAUAAGCACCAAUACAAAGACAAAAAAAUAUACGAGAUACCGGAAUUUCCUAUCCAUGACGAUGAGGCACUCGAUCUUCUGGACGUGUCCGUUUAUCUAAAGAUAUGAGAGUUGGUCUAUCACCAGCUUGAUCGCAUGCAGAGUGUCAUAGAACAUAUUAAUUCACGUGUUGUGUGAAAGCGAGCAAGGUAGUUGUUCUGUUAAACCCGUUUUUUCUUCGA